GCAGGCACAUCCUUCGGGCGCGCUUCGAACUCCUCUCGUUCCCUCGAGCCGGCGCGCGCACUCGAGUGAGGAGGAAUCGAUCGACCGCGGCAUCCGACCCGUUGGGCCGAACGUUCGCGCGCGCCAUGGCCUCCGCGGCUUCCACAUCCACCACGCUCCUGUCCAUGGCGGCGGCGGCGGGGAGCUUCGCCCUCGCCUCGUCUCGAUCGCCCGCUGCGACCGGAGCGGCUUUCCCGGGCGCUGCCGCGGUCUUUUCCAGGCGGCAGAGUUUCGGUGCCGUCGAGUGCCGCUGCGCUGCAGGCAACGAGAAGGAUGCGGUCCAGGGGCGGGAGGCCGUGGCCGGCCGACGAUCGGCUCUCGCUUUUCUGGCCGGCCUCGUCGCCGUGAGCUCCAACGGGGCGGCCCCGGCGCGCGCCGCGUAUGGCGAGACCGCCAAUAUUUUCGGAACUCCCAAGCAGCAGACUGGCUUCACCACCUACUCGGGGGAGGGCUUCGUCGUCGACCUCCCUUCCAAAUGGAACCCCAGCAAGGAGAUUGAGUUUCCGGGGCAAGUUUUGAGAUACGAAGACAACUUCGACCAAUUGUCCAACCUUUCCGUUUCUAUUGUGGACGCUCCAGUGAAGUCCAUCAAGGACUUCGGCUCCCCUGAAAAAUUUCUCGAAAAGAAUUCGUACCUGCUUGGAAAGCAAUCGUACCAGGGACAAACAGCCUCUGAGGGAGGUUUUGAGAAGAAUGCCGUGGCCACUGCCAGCAUCUUCACCGCAGACGAGAAGGAGUUGGGUGGCAAAACGUACUAUUAUUUGGAAGUGCUCACGCGUACUGGAGACGGAACUGAAGGAGGUAGGCACCAGUGCAUCGUCGCUACUGUGAAUGGCGGGAAAUUGUAUAUAUUUAAGUCACAAGCUGGAGACAAGAGGUGGUUCAAGGGAUCACAGAAGUUCGUGGAGGGAGCUGCCGCGUCUUUUAAGUUAGCUUGAGCAGUAGUAGUACUUCAACAGGGGUGAAAAUUUCGGCUUUCUGGUCUGGCAUUCGUUGAGUCCUGGGAAAUUAUCGAGAUGACGAUGAUAUUUUCCUGAGACGGCGAGUGACCUGCUUAUCGGAGGUUGAUGGACAUGCCGAUGGGGAGAAGCCUAUUCCGUAGUACUUUGAACAUAUAUCUGUAAUAUGGAGUCUUGUAACAUAAUGUACAGGUGAAGACAUGAGGAAGAUCGGUUACAAGACCAGGGUGGUCACACUCGCCGGUAACUCGUGUAGUAUUUUCGAACUGUUAUAGAGUGGCAUACUUU